GCUCUUCCUACCACAGUCAGUGUCUCACUCUCGUGUCAAGUGUACAGGAUACCCUCAUAUCGCUCCGGAAUACCCUGAUGACCGAGGAGACCUAGGAUAAUUGGAUACUCAUUCUCUGAACCGCUAGUAUACGGCUGAAGCUUAAGAACUAAAAAUGUAUGUCAACUGUCUGUUAAGGAUGAAAAGGCAAAGGAAGAAGUCGGUGUACGAAAACAGGUUCCACCCUGCGAGUCACAAUGAGAGGAUGACUGAGUGUGCCUGCGAAGCCGUGCUGCUGGGCCGAGAACCUGUCCAAGGAACGGCCAACGCCGACAGUCUAGCGGCGCUGAUACGACUGCUGACUCGAAGAGGGAGCGGCACUCGCAAGUUCCGAUUCCGGUGCUUCCGUGACGGCAUCGAGUUGCGGCCUGCUCGCCGCCUCGAGGACGAAGGCUUCGAAUCCGACGAUGAUGCGAUCUCCCAGACGUCCUCAGACAGCAUUUCCUCGUCCUGCUGUCUCGUCGAGGACCAUGCGCUCAAGAGCUCCGCAGUGGCGACCGACAGCGCUAACAGCAGCGGCGCCUCGGACAAUGAUGACGCGGACAACUCUCUGACGGUCACACAGCAACAUCUGCAGGUCCCGGUACUCGCCCAGCCUCAGAAGAAGAAACCCUCAGUAGACGAAUGCCUCUCCAAAGAGUUCUACGCGUUCAACGAGGUCGCCUUCUGUCAUUCUGACCCCAGUUUCCCAAAAGUAAUGGUUUUGGUUAUAAAGAAGAAGGCUAAAACGAAGAAAGACGAGAUCGACUCGUCGCCAGGACUGGAGGCCAUGGUGUUCCAGUGCAAGAGUGUGGAGAACCUUAGAGAAGUGUUUGAGAGCUACAAGGAGUUCAGCCGUCGUUUAAAAAUGGACCUUCAGUUCAGAUACCCUCAUCGGAGAAAAGAGUCCACCGUAGAUCCCCCGUCUAAUACUAUAUAUAAAAACGUUUAUUGUGAAAAGCCCGUCUCAAAUUCUAGCAACACGAGUAAUUCUUUCUUCAAGUCUUGGAUACCACGCAAGACUAGCAAGUCUCAACCGAUCGGCAAAGAGAUGGACUUCCAAGCUGCUGAGAGUAACAAAUACAACCUUGUACAACGCACCGACGACGAUGGAGUCACUCAUAUCGAGGUGUCGAAGGCGAUCGACAGAGAUUUUGCUAAUUCUCUGACGGCGGACGAGUACUCAGGCUCUUCUAGUAUCAUCAGCAUCAGCACUCCUGACGUGGGAAACCUGUUCGUAUCCUCAGCAGUAGUCCAAGCACAGAACCCUUAUCCUUCAAUCAACGAAAAUUUCUCCGAGUCUAGUGAAAUAGACGGUGUAAUAUGUGCGGAUAUCGACUCUAGUCCUUUAGGAGAUUCGAAGACGUAUAACAUCAACGGUGGUUUCGUCUCAUCUGAUAACGAAGUAAAACACGCGGAGAGUGCGGAGUCUCCACCACAAAGACCUCAAAGAGGGAAGUACUUGAAGAAAAAUGUGGCAAAGAAGGACACCCAAGAAUUUCACGUGAAAUCAAAACCAGUCGUGGGGAAAGAAAGGCCCGUUCCUAAGACGUCCGUCCCAGAUUCUACGAAACAACCGGUGACUCAAGAACGAGUGGUGAGGGGGCAGUUCAUCAGGGUUAACGUCGAACCAGCGCCACCGAGUGCACGGCCGGGGCCCAGACUCUUCUCGGGCGAAAGUAAGCCGCCCGGGCAGAUGCUCUCGUACCCGGUGUGGAAUCUGCCGACCCAGCGACCCCGCCGGUCUCGAGAAGACGAGACGGAGUACCGUAGCCGCCGCGGGAAAAGUUACCAGAGGCGCAGUAGAAGCAGUGGCAGCGGCAGGCGCAGCGCGAGCCCCCAGCCGGCGGCCUGCGCCUACCGAUACAUCGAGCCCCCUCAGCCCAAGCCUCUGUCCAACCGGUUCUUCGGCAAGCUGAAGGAGAUCGCCAGCAUCAAUAACGCGUACGUUGGUUCUCUCUCACGUCGGAGGAACAGCAGUGCCGACCUCUCCACAGCGCAGUUCUACCAGUACCUAGAACCCGCCUUGAAGACGUCCAUGUCGAAGAGCACGACUAAUUUAAAAUCAGUCAUAAAGAAAAAGAGCCUCAACGAAAAUAUCGAGCCGAAAAAAGUAACUUUUAGUGCAUACGCUACUGUGCAAGUCGUCGACUGAGUGGAAACUUCCUUCCGAUGAGACUGAACUAAGCGAUGAUACGAUGGGAGGUAUAUUUAGUCAUAGGUGUUAAAAAUAUUAUAGUGUUUUCUUCGUCAAUUCUGUCUCUGUUGUAAUAAUAAAUGUUUUCCAUACAGUGUUAGCCUGUUGUACAUAAUGUCGUCUUAGUCAGCUUAGUUGCUUGGACCUCACACGUUCGACUAGAGUGCAAUACUUGUGUCCAUGUAAGGGUUACCUUAAUCGAGUGCAUUAACAAUAAUUGUCAAAUGGUCCAACGGGUACGAGCAACGGAUAAUACCGUGGCUCCUGUCCCAACGGCUCAAAUUUGUAUGUAUUAAUAGUUUAGUAAGUAUUAUUUCUGUCUAUUAUAGAUUACUGUGUCAGCAAUUUUAAUAAACCCGACAUUGUUUUGUGAGAAAAGUGUCUAAAUCUAAAAACUACACAAAAUAAAUACAUACUGAUUUAUGGGA